CCCCGCCCUCCAGCCACUCAGAUUGCUUCUACGGAAGCCCUGCUGGGUCAAACUUCAGCUAAUCCUCGUCGCUCGGCGUUUUCCUCUCUCCGAUGUCCCUCCAAUGGCGAGAUUAAAAGGACCGUUAUUCUCGGCUCGGUCCCAGGAGGCUCUCGGUCGUCGAUCAGUGCUGAAGUUUUCCGAUGGUCGGUGAUCGGUGGUCAGCUCGAUGAUCGGCGGGAGCGGCGGCAGGGCUCGGUCUUCGUCGGUCCGUGUAGAAGCAGAGGGCUGCUGCUGUGAUGCUACGUGGGCAGCUGGAGGAGAGACGGCGUUAGUAUGACACGGAGGGACUGAGGCACUCCUACACUCAGCGCCGCUUUUAUCACUUUAUUCGGCUCGGAUCGGAUCGGCUCGGCUCGGUUCGCCGUUUUCAGGCUCGGACACACGGCGGGACUGUCGGUGGAGGACGGUAAAGUCGGCGGGGAUGGCUGGUCGAAGCCGCCGGGCAUGGUUCAGUGUCCUGCUCGGACUGGUGCUCGGCUUCACCCUGGCCUCCAGACUCAUCCUGCCCCGGGCCACCGAGCUCAAGAAAGCGGGCCACAAGAGGAAGGCUAACCCGGCGGGCUGCGGGCUGACCCGGGGGCUGAGGAGGGAGAACGGCGGGGGAUUAUGGCCCCCUCAGGAGAGCGGUUCUCCGGCCACGGACUCACCGAGCUCCCGGUCCAAUAACUUCUUAUACAUCGGUGUGAUGACCGCCCAGAAAUACCUCAACAACCGAGCCGUGGCUGCUCACAGGACGUGGGCUCAGACAGUACCCGGUAACGUGGAGUUCUUCUCCAGCGAGGGCUCGGACACUUCCAUCCCCAUCCCCAUCGUGGCCCUGAAGAACGUGGACGACUCGUACCCCCCUCAGAAGAAGUCGUUCAUGAUGCUGAAGUACAUGCACGACCACUACCUGGACAGGUACGAGUGGUUCAUGAGGGCGGACGACGACGUCUACAUCAAGAGCGAGCGUCUGGAGAGCUUCCUGCGCAGCCUGAACAGCAGCGAGCCCAUCUUCCUGGGGCAGACGGGGAUGGGGGCACGGGACGAGCUGGGGAAACUGGCCCUGGAACCCGGGGAGAACUUCUGCAUGGGGGGGCCGGGGGUCAUCAUGAGCAGAGAGGUCCUCCGCAGGAUGGUACCCCACAUUAGAGAGUGCCUGCAGGAGAUGUACACCACGCACGAAGACGUGGAGGUGGGCCGCUGUGUCCGGAGGUUCGCUGGCGUCCAGUGUGUGUGGUCCUACGAGAUGCAGCAGCUCUUCUACGAGAACUACGAGCCCAACAAGAAAGGUUACAUCCGAGAUCUCCACAACAGUAAGAUCCACCGCGCCAUCACGCUCCACCCCAACAAGAACCCGCCCUACCAGUACCGCCUGCACAGCUACAUGCUCAGUCGUAAGAUCGCAGACCUGCGCCACCGCACCAUCCAGCUGCACAGGGAGAUCGUCCAGAUGGGGCGCUACGGAGCGGCCGAGCCCAGCCGAGAGGACCUCCAGCUGGGCGUGCCCCCAUCCUUCAUGCGCUUCCACCCCCGGCAGAGGGAGGAGGUGCUGGAGUGGGAGUUUCUGACGGGGAAGUACCUCUUCUCAUCGUUUGAUGGUCAGCCCCCUCGUCGCGGGAUGGACUCCUCCCAGAGGCAGGCCCUGGAUGACAUCAUCAUGCAGGUGAUGGAGAUGAUCAACGCCAAUGCCAAGACCCGAGGCCGGGUCAUCGACUUCAAAGAGAUCCAGUACGGAUACCGUAGAGUGAAUCCGUUAUACGGCGCCGAGUAUGUUCUGGAUCUGCUGCUGCUCUACAAGAAGCACAAAGGAAAGACCAUGACGGUCCCCGUCAGGCGCCACGCCUACCUCCAGCAGACCUUCAGCAGGAUCCAGUUCAGAGAGGAGCAGGAGAUGGACGCCACGGCGCUGGCCAGCCACAUCAACCAGGAUUCCGACUCGCUCUCCUUCCUCUCCAACUCCCUGAAGAUGCUGGUUCCCUUCAAGCUGGCCACGUCAGGCCAGGACCACGGCGAGCCGAAGGAGAAGAAGGUCAACAUCCUGGUCCCCCUGUCUGGACGCUACGACAUCUUCGUCCGCUUCAUGACCAACUUUGAGCGCGUGUGCCUGAUACCCAACCAGAACGUGAAGCUGCUGGUGCUGCUCUUCAGCACGGACAACAACACGGAGCGAGUCAAGCAGGUGGAGCUGAUGAGGGACUACCACAUGAAGUAUCCGCGGGCAGAGAUGGAGAUCAAAACGGUGUCCGGGUCCUUCUCCAGGGCUCUGGCUCUGGAGGUGGGCUCGCUGCACUUCUCCAAUGACUCGCUGCUCUUCUACUGCGACGUGGACCUGCUCUUCACCAGCGACUUCCUGAAGCGAUGUCGCACCAACACGGCCCUGGGAGAGCAGACGUACUUCCCCAUCAUCUUCAGCCAGUACGACCCCAAGGUGGUGUACGCCGGGAAGGUCCCGAGCAACAACCACUACGUCUUUACCGCCAAGACGGGCCUGUGGAGGAACUACGGCUUCGGCAUCGUCUGCGUCUACAAGGGCGACCUGCUGCGGGCCGGGGGCUUCGACACCUCCAUCCAGGGCUGGGGUCUGGAGGACGUAGACCUUUUUAAUAAAUUUGUCCAAUCAGGGAUCAGGUUGUUCAGAAGCACAGACACGGGGAUAGUGCACGUCCACCACCCGGUCAUCUGUGACCCCAACCUGGAAGCCAAGCAAUAUAAGAUGUGUCUGGGCUCCAAAGCCUCGUCGUACGGCUCCACCCAGCAGCUGGCCGAGCUGUGGCUGGAGAAGAACGACCACGGCUUCAGGAGACUGGCGAGCACCAACGGCUCGGUAAGGACAGCGUGAGCAGCCAGACCGUGGUGUUCUCACUACCUAAUUUAUUUUUUACUGAAAUCAAAGACUUCACGUGGAUAUAUUUUGAAAAUAUGUCCGUUUUUUUAUGAGACAUGACGUGAUGAACACUUGAUGAACUUACUGAGGGCUGUUGGGUCUUUAUUGGUCCACAGACUGACCGUGGCGUUGGUGAGUCUGGUAACAGCAGCCCGUCUGUCAGCACAAAGGGGGAGGUUAACUGGGAAAACGCCGCUAUUUUUACUGCUGGGCCACAUUUUUACAUUUUGGGUCGAAGUUUAAUAAAAAGUUCAAAAGUAGAGUGGACUAAGAGAUCCAGGCCAGUCCUCUCUGAGCGGUCCUGUUACCUGUAUCUAUGGACCAAGGCUUAUUUAAACCCCAUAUUUAUUAGCAAGUGGGCUUUUCUAAUCAGAGCCCUCAGAGCAGUCAAUGCUAAAAACCAAUUCCUCUCUUCUUACAGAGUAUUUACUCGGCAUGAUGUGAUGUUUCUCAUAUAGAGGGCUUUAGUGGAUUAUAAGAAAACAUAGAACGACACUUCUACACAACACCCUGCUUAUAUUUUUACUUUUGUAUGGAGUCAAUAUUGUCGCAAAAAUUAAGGGCACCUUUAACAUUUUGAGAUCAUGUCUUCAGUCUCUCCAUCCAAACCUCCUUUGUGCUCUAGACUUCCUCCUUGUUCUUAGUUCUUUCGUUGAUGAUCAAACUUCCUCCUCCACUCUUUUUCUCGGACUGGGCAAUUAAUCGCAGAUUAAAUCACAAUAUGGCCUGCUGCUAUUUACAAAUCGCACAGGUUGCGAUAUUUCUUUAACUUGAAAUGUGUAUAAGUACCAGUUGAAGACUUUUUUUGCAGCAGAAAUUUGGUGCACACAAAGAAACCAUUCGUGUUUUUGUAGGAUAAACAUUAUUGCUUUACUAAUGUAUGUUUUUUCUUAUUUUAUAUGAGAUUUGCAUAAAAAUGAUCAUCCCUUUCAAUUAAGUAAUUGAUAUAAAAUUUGCAAUAUAAGCCAAAAUGAUCCCAAUUAUAUACCAGUAUUUCUUUUAGAUAGUUUUUCCCAGCUAUAUAAAAUCUAAUAUUGUGUACAUUAUAAUUUAGAAUGAUUUAUUGAAAAAUGUAUAAGAUAAGGAACCUAAAAAAUAAUUUUAUAUUUAAUUUUAGAUUAGAUUAAUUGUGCAGCUCUACUCUUGAGUUUUGCAACAAUAUUGACUCCAUAUUUUUGUAGUUGACAUGGACAAGGAGAUUUACAAACAGGAAGAUUUUCUGAUUUCUUUCACGAUUUUUGGAAAUUCAAACAGGCGCUUAUUAAUAUUUUCUAAGUAUUUCCACCUGUUUAGACUGCUGCACUAACAGCAUACAGGGCUGUCACUAACAGUCAUUAACCAAAGAAGAAGAAGGGCUUAAUGUCCAGUGACAAAGGUGUGAACAAACUGACUUCUCUUCGCUUAAAAACAAAUUUGGGGCCCUGGUGGGGCCAGCAGUGUUACACCUGCAGACAUUAUAACUGCCCAUGAACGUAAUAGAGCAAACACAAUCCAAUCAAUUUAACACAUUUACCACACAUGUAAAAGCAGUUCUCUACUGCAAACGCAUCAGCAAAAGUGUAAGAAUUUUUUCACUCCUGGGGAUUUAUUUUUAAAAUAUAAUAAGCGCAUGAAAACUAAAUGUUUGUGGUCAUUGUUGUUUAUUUAUUGUCCCCUUUUUUGUGGUCAAGUCGGCUUAAGCUCAAGUCACAUCAAAAAAUGUAGUUAUGUAGUUUUUGUUCGCCAUGGAACAGGAAGUAGUUCUUUCAGAGUCUUAAAGGUCAUAUAUUUUACCCUUUUAAGACAGGUUUAUAUCGGUCUCCGAGGUCCCCAAAACAUUCCUGUGAAGUUUGUUGCUGUAAAAACACUCCAGUAUUGAUGUCUGCAUGUCUAAAAACCCCUCUGUUUCAGCCCUGCUCAGAACCAGCUGUUUCUGUGCCUGUGGCUUUAAAUGUUACCGAGCAGUCUGGCCACGCCCCUCUCAGAAAAUGGAUGUGGUUUAACGGAUGUGGGGGGCGGGGCCAACUCCCCGCAUGACAUCAUUCGGGGGAAAUCUGAGAAUGUCGUGGGGAGUGUGGACAGGACAGGGGCAGAUAUUUUUGCUAGAAAAGCCAGAAAAGUUGUUUUUGCAUAAUAUGUCCCAUUUAAAACACUGGUAGAGCCUUGAAUCAUUGCAGAGUAGAUUAAAAUGUGUCAAAAUUAGGAAUAAUGAAAAGAUCUGUUCACUCAGUUUUAUCGUUUUACAGUAACUUAAAAUCUCUGUCCACUGAAAUUUAGUUUUUUUAGUCUCAAAGUUCGUACCCUCCUUGGCGUUUUGUCCGUUUGUAGGAAUUGUUUUUUUUUUAGCUCUUUAUGAACUGUAAAUUACUCGCAUUUGGAUCAGAGCAGUUUUCUAAAGUUAGUAUCGAUCCUCUCCUUUUUUCAUAUGAAUUUUUGUUAGAUUCAUGCCUCUACAACAGUUUUAAGACUCUGAAAAGACUACUUCCUGUUUCAUGGCGAACAAAAAUGUUGUCGUAACUGUGUUUUUUUUAAUGUAGCUUGAGCUUAAGCGGACUUAAACCCACUGGCAGUUGUAUAAAGGAUACAACAAACAACAGUGACCACAGCUUACAUUUUUCAUGUUCACAUUACAUUUGUGGAGAGACAAUGAUUUUUACCUUCCUGUGAUAAAUCCCUGCAAAUGUAAGUUAGUACGUUUGUGGCGUUGUUACAGUAACAGCUGCAGGUUUUUAUGGUGUGUUUGUGUUUGCAGGUGUAACAAGCAGGAGGUACAUGUUAAAAUCCAACCUGCGGCGCCGUUCUUACAUGCCGUUCCCUCGCUAUCUCUCCAUGUUUUCCUAUGUUACCCAUCGCCCCGCUGUCUCUGAUUUAGGGCAAAAAGAGAAACCCAAAAUAAAGUUGAAAGGACUGAUAUAAGUGAACAUUAAUGAACUAAAAGAUGUCUUUAUGAAUCAUUUCUUCUGCUGAAAUGAUGGUGAGAGCUAACUCUACUAGCCAGUUAAUGACAUUCUCCCUUAUGUGUUAGCAUUAGCUGAGAGCUCUGAUGUCUCAGAUCCACGUGUUGGUAAUUCAGAUGUUCUUGGAAUAAUUGUGGUUGAUUUUGGAGGGUGUAAAAAUCUGGCCCGAGACUAAAAAGGUGGCGUUUCCUGAAUGUAGUACCUCAGUGGAGAUCACCGUGAUGGUCCUUAAACAUCCAUGUGUCUGUGUGCGGAGAGGAAGCGUCUCUCUGAGCUCCAAACGUUUCUACAUCUUUGAUUGUGACUGAAGACUGAUGGGAAUAAUCAAUGAACCUGAUCACAUCCAAUCAGAACAAUGUUGUCCUUCAUUUUACUGAUUCAUCACUUUUUUUAUCCUGUUACACUGUCUCCUUUAUUCUCUUUAUUUUUGUGAACCCAACUGCUGGAUUUUAUAUUCUCCAAUCAUGGUUUUGCUGUCUAAUUUAUUGAAUUUGCAGGCUCCAUUUUUCUACUCGCUCUGUUAAAUCUGUAUAUUUGAAUGAUUGUAAUAACCUGAUAGAUUUUUUAAUGUUCCUUUUUCUUAAACUCAUCGUCACCAAAGAGUUUGCACAGUCUGCUUUAGGUCUCAUGCUGCCUGUGCGUAUGUACGACCCCGUUUAGACCUCACGCUAACGCUGAGCUGUGCUCAUUCAGAUACAAAGAUGGCUGCACUUUACUUCAUACCUCCUCACUGUGUGUUAUUCCACAGGAACUCACCUGUCCGCCUCUCAUACAGGUAACAGCCCAUUCACAGUCGCUUAGCUCGUGGCUAGCUAGCCUAGCAUGCCGUGUGCAGUGAAGCCUUUGCAAUAAGAAUGAAUGGAGAGGAGUUAGCGAUGAGCUAAGAGGCUAGCAGUGCCUUCUCCCCCUCAUGAACAUGCUUUUGAAGGAAACAGUGAUGUUCUGUUUCAUACAGCCUUUCCCUGACCUCGGUAACCUCGGUAACCACGGCCCUAUCUGAACUUCUGUCACAUGACCCCUACAUGAGGCUCCAAGCGUUAGCCGCCAUGUUUUAAAGAUACAGUAUGGACCAUCUCUUCACUGAAAUGCCUAUACUCUUUAAAAAGUGACCAUUCCUGUGCUAUAUAGUUUUUAAUUGGCUUCUGUAGUAUAGGGUUAGGGUUAGGGUUAAAUUUCCCAUAAUGAGGGAGAAAUGCGCUGAACCUACCAGAUUCACGUUGAAAGCGGUUCCAAGGAUAUGCUGGCUAGCCUGGACCGACCAGUGUUAACCCUUAUGCCCUCCUCAAAUUAACUACCCUCUUUACACCUUCGAGGCGAAAAUGUACACGUACAGAAAAACUGCCAUUAAAUCAGCAUACAUCAAUAUUUUUUUCUACUUUUUUUUUUUAUAAAUCUCUUUAACAACAUCAGACCUGCUCUUA